GCAGGGUCUCAGAAACGCAGUGGUGCGUACUUUACUCACUAAAAAUGUCUUCUUUGUUAUUAUCAUCCACUCUGCUUUCUGCUAUCACCACUCCAUCCGAGUCCAACCGAGUUUAUCUCCCAACACACCAUAAGAACAACAAGAGGACGACGAGUUAUCUGACUCGGGCGCGACUCGGUUUCAACCCCACUUUUUGGUCCACAACCUUCCGGAGGCGGAGACGAGACCCUCUCUGCUGCUUAUCAAUGCCUGUCGAGGGACCCACUUCAUCUUCUCAGUUGCAGGAUAGCUUGCUGUACUGCAGAGCAUACUGGGUCAGUAGAUCUAGAAUUGCUUGGAAUGUAGAUGCUGAAGAUGGUUCAUGUUAUUUAUAUGCUAGUAAAACUGCUUUUUUGUCUGUUACAAAUGAUGGAAUUCAAGGCUAUGAUGUGAGAAUCAAGCUUGAAGUGGACAACACUGGGCUCUCAGAAAAUGUUACGGAAAAAUUUCCUCAUAUUCGAGAUUAUAAAGCUUUCAAGGUCCCUUCUACCUUGGAUGUUGAAAGUCUAGUCAAAUGCCAGUUGGCUGUUGCUAUAUUCAAUUCUGACGGGAAAUGGAGCGCUGCUACUGGUUUGCAGUUACCUGGUGUCCUUGACGAAUUGUUCUCCUAUAAUGGACCCCUUGGUGCAGUUUUUUCACAAGAAGCAGUCUCACUUUACCUCUGGGCUCCCACUGCUCAAGUAGUAAGUGCUUGCAUCUAUGAAGAUCCGUCAGCUGGGGAUCCUGUUGAAAUUGUCCCACUUCAGGAGUUCAAUGGCGUUUGGAGUGCCAAUGGGCUGAGAAGUUGGGAAGGCUGUUAUUAUGUGUAUGAAGUCUCUGUGUACCAUUCUAGCACCUUGCGAGUUGAAAAAUGCAUUGCCAAUGAUCCAUAUGCUAGAGGGCUUUCAGCUGAUGGCAGAUGGACAUUGUUUGUUGAUCUUGAUUCUGAUGCCUUAAAACCUGAAGGAUGGGAUAAGUUGGCAGAUGAAAAACCUGAUCUCCUUUCUUUCUCUGACAUCAGCAUUUAUGAAAUGCAUAUAAGAGAUUUCAGUGCUAAUGACCCUACCGUGGAUCCCAACUUUCGUGGCUGUUAUCUUGCUUUUGCUUCUCAGGAUUCAGCAGGUGUAUGCCAUCUGAAGAGAUUAUCUAGUGCUGGAAUUACUCAUGUUCAUCUGCUGCCAACCUUCCAAUUUGCUGAUGUGGCUGAUGAGAAGGAUAAAUGGAAGUAUGCAGAUAACCAGGUGUUGGAAUCGUUUCCACCAGAUUCAGAUGAACAGCAAGAUCAUAUCACGGCCGUCCAAAAUGAGGAUGGGUACAACUGGGGCUACAAUCCUGUUAUAUGGGGAGUCCCUAAAGGAAGCUAUGCAAGCAAUCCAAAUGGUCCAUGCCGUACAAUUGAGUUUAGAAAGAUGGUGCAGGCACUUAACCAUAUUGGCCUUCGCGUUGUGUUGGAUGUUGUCUAUAACCAUUUGCAUGGAAGUGGUCCAUUUGAUGAGAACUCUGUUCUUGACAAGAUUGUUCCAGGUUACUACCUCAGGUUGAACAAUGAUGGUUGCAUUGAGCAUAGCACUUGUGUAAAUAACACUGCCAGUGAGCAUUUUAUGGUUGAACGUUUGAUUAUUGACGAUCUUUUGUGCUGGACAGUUCAAUAUAAGGUUGAUGGGUUUCGAUUUGACCUUAUGGGUCAUAUUAUGAAACGUACUAUGGUUAAAGCAAGAAGUGUGCUUAAUGGCCUAUCAAAGGAUACAAGGGGAGUUGAUGGUUCUAGUAUUUACAUAUAUGGUGAAGGAUGGGAUUUUGGCGAAGUGGCAAAAAAUGGACGUGGGAUAAAUGCAUCACAGUUCAACCUAUGUGGAACUGGAAUUGGGAGCUUCAAUGAUCGAAUUCGAGAUGCAUUGCUUGGUGGAUCUCCAUUUGGCCAUCCUCUUCAGCAAGGUUUUGUGACUGGUUUGCUAUUGCAGCCCAAUGAUCAUGACCAUGGUUCUAAAGCAGUUGAAGAGCGUAUGCUUGCUGGAUCAAAGGAUCACAUUCAGGUUGGGAUGGCUGCAAACUUAAGGGACUUUGUGCUAACCAAUUACGAAGGACAAGAGGUCAAAGGAUCAGAAGUUUGUACUUACGACGGGAUUCCUGUUGCAUAUGCUCUAAGUCCAAUAGAAACAUACCCUGUGAUCACCAUCUUAAACCGUUUGCAGAUUAAUUAUGCUUCUGCUCAUGACAACGAGACCUUGUUUGACAUUGUGAGUUUGAAGACUCCAAUGGAAAUUUCUGUAGAUGAGAGAUGCAGAUUAAAUCAUUUGGCAACAAGUAUAAUCGGACUUUCACAGGGAAUACCUUUUUUUCAUUCUGGUGAUGAGAUCUUGCGCUCGAAGUCACUAGACCGGGAUUCAUAUAAUUCUGGUGAUUGGUUUAACAGGUUAGACUUCAGCUACAAAUCUAACAAUUGGGGCGUCGGCCUUCCACCAAAAGAAAAAAAUGAAAAGAACUGGCCCCUAAUUAAACCAAGAUUAGCAGAUCCAUCCUUCAAGCCUCAGAGUAGUCACAUUCUUGCUGCUGUAGAGAAUUUUUUGAAUGUGUUACAAAUUAGGUACUCUUCACCACUUUUCCGAUUGAGGACAGCAAAUGCCAUCCAGCAACGCGUACGAUUCCAUAACACUGGUCCCUCAUGGGUCCCCGGUGUCAUAGUGAUGAGCAUUGAAGAUGGUCAUGAAGGUGUCCCUGGGUUAUCUCAACUGGAUCCCAUCUACUCAUACGUUGUUGUUAUAGUCAAUGUCUGCGCAACUGCUGUCUCAUUUGCCAACCCCGCACUACAGGCGAGAACUUUUGAGCUGCACCCCAUACAGGCUAUGUCAACUGAUGAAUUUGUGAAGAACUCUACAUAUGGAGCGUUGACUGGGAGUUUUACAGUUCCCUCGAGAACAAUGUCGGUGUUUGUUGAGCCUAGAAACAUCUGAGGUUCAUGUGCUGUCAAACAUGGCAGUUUGAUUUUCAUAUCUCAUCUAUCCAAACAUGGCAUUCAGACAUUGAAUCGGUUGAGUUUUCAAAAUCUUUUUUUUUUUUUUUUGGAAUAAAAAUAAAAAUAAAAAAACUUGUUUUGUGACAAACGAAAAAAUAAAAAUUACUUCUUAUUUUCAUAUGGUUUUCUCUUUUGGGGGGAAGGGAAUAAUUUUUAAAAUUUUAAAUAUAUAUGUUUUUAUUGUUUGUUUUCAUCAGACUAGUUUCUAAAAAAAAAAAAAAAAAAUCAGAACAAAUUCUCAAUUGUAUACUUAUGAGGAUAGGAGAAGCCAAGGUAAUUAUUUUAUUGUUCAUGGUGUAAUGGCCUUUGAAAUGUAAAGGGUCAUUGGGGAUUGGGGAAUAUAUAUAUUGCCAAGCCAUGGGAUAUUGGAACUUUCAUUUUUGGUGUAUGUUCUGUAGCCCUCUAUAUUCCAAUGAUAUGUAUAUGAAAUUUGUAGUUUGUAUGCAGUAAUCAAAUUAUUAAGAAAAAUUUGUAAGAUUUGUUAGUUUGUAUAGCCAUUUUUUUUACUUGA